AUGGCACCCGCCACACCAGUCCAGGAGCCGCCUUUGAACGUUCGUGAGAAGGCUGGGCGCAUUGUGGUUGUCUUCAGCGUGCCGAACGUGAGAGCCAACUCGGUGCAGGUUGAAAGCAGAGGCCCCAGCGAAGACGAACCAGCAGGAUCCGUGCACGUCUUCUUCAGCUCCCUGUCUCCAAGUCGGAGUUUCGAGAAGCAUCUCAUUCUGCCACACGGCAUUGAAGAAAAGAUCAUCAAAGAUGUUCAGAGUAAGUCCCUGACGGUCCAGCUGGUCAAGUUGGACACUGCCAUAGAAUGGGGCCAAGCAUGGCUAAAACCAAAGAGUAAAGCAAAAAGGAGGACGUUGCCCGAUGCCGACAAAGAAAAUAAAGGAGGUCCUUCGCCUUUGCCGACUCCAGUGCUCGAUCCGAAGGUCUCGAAUGAAGAAGUGCUCGAGGGCCCGGAAACUGCGCCUCAGGCAGAGACGGAGGUGGAGACAGCCGUUGCAGCAAUGCAUGACGAUGAGGUCAGGCAGGCAGAGGACACGGAAAACAGCAAGGGCAAGGAGGAAGGCGAGCAAGGCGAGCGAGGCACGAGCAAGGGUGACGAACUGCCGGAAUCCGGAGCGAGUCCAGUGGCUGGCGGCGCAGCGGCGACGGAGAGAGACCCGAACAGACACAGCGGACCCAAUGAGGCGGGAGGCAAAGCGCGGGCUCGCCGAGGCAAGAAAGCCAAAUCAAAGGCUGGUGCCGAGCUGGACGCCCCAGAACCUCUUCGCCGAGAGGAAGACGUCAACAAGGCACAGGCGACGGACAGAAGAGAGGAUCCAAAAGGAAAAAAGCAGGAGCUUGCUGAACCGAAGAGGAGCUGCUCUUCCCCACUCGAAACGAAGCCAGCCAAGGAGUUCAAGGGCGACAAAUUGGCAGAUCUUGGGCAGCUGUUCGGCAACACGUUGGAAUGGCUGAAGAAGCAGCAAACCGGGCUGCUCAAAGACUAUCCGAUUCAACCUCCAUCUGACCCAGAACUCCAACAACUUGUAAGCAAUGGCACGGCGUUGCUCAAAGAUGACCUGAAGAAGGCCACUGUGUUUUUGCGACUUGCGGGUCGCAAGGGUUACUUGCCGGCGUACUUGCUUCUGGCGCGCAAUGCUCAAGAGAGCAAGCAGGACGGGCCCCUCAUCGAGAACUUAUGCGCUGUGCUGAGCACUCCCAAUGCUAAGAAACAGUUACCAGAGGGACUUCUCAAUGGCUGUGCGAUGCAGCUGGCAGCAGUGCUGAAAGAUCAGAAGAACAGGAAGGAGGUGGAAGUCCACGCGGAGCAGCUGGAUGCCAUUGCCAAAGACUGGCCGAUUGUCAACAUCGUCAAGCUUCAGACAGCGAGUGAGAUGCCCUCAAUCGGCUCCAGAACAAAAGCCACUGCCAAGGCCCAGCAGAGCCAGCGAAGCCAAAGACAGUCCGACUUCGAGCAGAUCAAGGCCAUGGCAAGACCUCGGGUGCCGGUCACGCCGGCUCCGCCCCAGGCAACCCAGGUCGAUGUGAGCCGAGGGGAGUGGCGUGAAGAGGCCGACGCCUGGAGGUUUUCAGCGCAGGUUUCGGAGUUGGCGAGCUUGUCUGGGAGUCAGUUACAAGUUGAUCCAUCGUACAUCCGAUUGAUGGACUCCAACCAGGUCCACCGUCCGGUCUUUUUCGGCUCAGAAUCUCGACAGCCGAAUCUGCGGGAGUUGGCGAGGUGCAUGUCUCGAUCGAGGUCCCGAUCACGGGCAAGCAAGGACUCUCGCGACACCUCGUCGGAGCCAGUGCCAGUAUGCCUGGCAAGCCCUGAUGUCGGAUCCGAGGAGGCGUCAAGACAUCUCGACAUGGAGCCCGACCCUGCCGAGAAUGCAAUCCUGCAGAUAUUCCUCGGGCUGUGUUGGUGUCCAGCUUCUGAUCCGGAUGCGACGGUGAGGUUAGCCUCUUGCUUGUACAAUUUCAAGUUCGAGGUGGUGGUCGUGCCCUCGAAACGGCCCGAGGCGCUUGCGGCUGCGACUUCUUUCAUUGAAAUUGCUUCCAAGGAGUUUAGCUGGGAACCCGAGCUAGAAGAAAGCGCAGCCUUCCCUUCUGAAGCAGGCGAUGAGAAGUCUUUGCAGGAUGCUCUUCAAGCGCUGCUGCCUAGAGGUUCUGGAUUUGUGUGUGCCACACUACCGUAUGCAGACCGAUGUGUCGUUGGAGAGCAAAGCUGUCUAAUAUUGCUGAGCAAUCGGCAGGAGGUGUGGUCCUGGUUGUCAAUCUUUGCAGCCUGGUUUCUUGGCAAAGAACCCCUUGACCUCAAUGACGAGGAAGAAGCUAUCUGGCUUGCGAUUGAGCUGAACCGACACAGCCUCAGCAUCUCCUUUCAGCUUCCAGCCGUUCUUGUGUCCGGCGAAGGUUUUGCGGAGAUUGCUGGUACAGACUUCGUUGCCAGAAACCUUGGACGGGGAGAAGAUGCAGGUCAGGCAGUCAUCGUUUUUCACGACGUCGAGGUUGUUGGCCCGAAGAAGCCGAGUCAGGGAGAGUCGAUGCUCCUUCAUGAGCUCGAUUGA